AUGUCCGAGAACGGUGUUUCAGUCAUCUACGUUGUUCGUCUCAAGCGCGAGAUGAGCGGACUCGUAAGCGAGAUUGAGAGCGCCAUCACACGGGACGCCGUUGGAGCUGCACGUUAUGACAAUAUGACCCAACCCGAAUCUGUCUGGCUUGACCCCGUGCCUCCCGUGCAGCGCAUCCCGCGCGCCGACCUGGUCUCCCAGACUAACAAAUAUUACACUGGUAUGGAGCGCAAUGAUCCCAAGGGCGACUACUCAUUCUUCGACGAGGACUGUAAUCGUCUUGAGGAUGGCCUGCAGACCACGAAUAUGAAGAGCGGCGAUCCUUAUGGCCAUUCGAACGACACCGUCUUUGCAUCUCUAGGAUGUCAAGCCCAGUUUCAGACGGGUUUCCUCGGUUUUGUAACCCAAAUUCGCAACCGCAGGUUCUCAGUCGUGGACGAGGAGCGUCAGACCGUCGUGGCUUUCACGACAUUGGAUCAUAACGGGACUGUUUGCUCGCUGCCAGAGGUGAAUGGCACAUCUUCGCCGAUUCCGCCUUACUUUGAUGUACCCAGAUCCCUGGCAGCCGUGGAGGCAUUCCGCUUCAAGGCCGACAAACUAUACCGGAUAGAAAUGACUCUCGUCGAGGUUCCAUAUGGCAUGGCAUCUGUGUUUCCCGAGGGAAAGGUCGCAGAUACGAGUGGGAAAGGUACAAAUAGCAGCGUUACGAAUCCGUGCAACGCCUCGUGCCUGAACAGCGUCACGGACCGGGUACUUUAUGCCUUGGCGUCGAACGACACUGUAAGUCUCCCGCUGGAAAACGGUGUGCGGUACGCGGAAAACGGCCAGUUCCUCGCCUUAGGUGAUGGCUUGUGGGAGACCCUCGGCCAUUUCGCCAAGCCUGGUGUGGACGACUAUGCGGUAUAUCUUGCUGACCCUGAAAGUCAAACGGCGGCUUACUGGGGGGUGACCAGAGAGCAUAACACGACUGGUGUUCUCGCCCUCCGAAUCAAAUUCGAUCACGGGAAAAUAACUGAAAUCGAGGCCAUCGACGUGCGCACUGAGUCCACUGGCUCCAGGGGAGGAACUAUGACUCUGAUGCGUCCACCUCUGCCAGUUGAAUGGCUGGAAGGCGAGACGACCGGGCCACUUGACGCUGCGUUCUCAUCCGAGAGCAACAACACCAGCGUGGACGCUCGUAUUCUCAUGUCCGCUUACUUUGAUGGUCUGGAGAGGCAUUCCAGUGCUGGCGUACCAUUUUCGGCCCACUGCUUGCGACGCGACAAUUUUGCCAUCCAACAAAACGUUAGCUGCGCAGCCCAGAUGAAGGAUUAUGGGGCCGCUCCGAACGGUCUCUUCAAUGGAACAUCAGCCGUGCGCGAUCGUCGGGUCUUGACUGUGGACGCGCAGAAAGGGGUUCUGGCUGUCGCCAUGGUCGACAAUUUAGCAACAGAGUCAGGGCAGGCAUCAGCUGUUCAGGAGCGAGUUCCAGGUACCUACAUGACACCACAGUUGAUCAAAAUCGAGAAUGGGGCCAUCUCUCGGAUCGAAGGGAUGGUAAAGUGGAUGCCACUGGGAUAUAGCUCUGUGUGGGCGGCGGAUCGCGGGCGAAGUGAAACAGAAAGCCCGGCGACCAAGACACUAGAAAGGAUCUAG